AUGGAGGUUGAAGAUCAGGGACGACCUUAUUCCGAUGUUGUACUAACUAUUUCAGCACGAGAUAUCAAAGAUGUUGAUACCGAUUCCUACAGUGAUCCUUUUUGCAUUGUAAGUGAAGCAAGUGCCGGAUUAGUACGAUGCAGGUCUUGGAAAGAAAUUGGGCGAACGGAAGUGAUAAACAAUUGUUUGAAUCCUGAUUGGGCUACGAAAAUACGUAUUGCGUAUUUUUUUGAGGAACAACAACGAAUACUUUUUGAAUUGUAUGAUAAAGGACCAGGAAAGGAGAAAACACAAAUUGGUUCGGCUUCUCUUUUGCUACAUGAAAUAUUGGCAAAGAUGGAAAAAAAUUAUGGUACCUUAAUAGUAGCGGCUGAAGAAAUGAGUAAAGGAAGGCAAGAAUCGGUGUAUUUCUUAUGUAGUGCAACAAAAUUGGAUAGGAAAGAUUUUUUGGGUAAAUGUGAUCCGUUUCUUAAAAUCUCUCGAAUCAAUAAGGAUAAAACAUAUCAGCUGGCAUACCGUACACGUUAUCAUGAGCAAAAUUUGAAUCCAAAAUGGAAACCUUUUGAGAUACACAUUGAUCAACUUUGCUAUGGUGAUAAAGAUCGGGAAUUCCUCGUCGAAUGCUAUGAUUGGGAUAAAGAUGGAAACCAUGAUUUGGUUGGUAAUUGUCGUACCACAGUCAAUAGGUUGCUUAAUAAAGAAGAUGUUACUUUACCGCUAGUUAAUCAGAAAAAGAUGAAGAAAAACAAGAAAUAUGUUGAUUCCGGACAACUUCACUUUCAUAAGGUGUAUUGUUGGAUGGAUUACACUUUUCUUGACUUCAUAACUGGCGGAACUGAGCUCGAAUUUACAGUAGCAAUUGAUUUUACGAAGUCAAAUUUACCAUCCGGUAAUAUGGCAUCAUUACAUCAUGUUGAUGAUGAAAGUGCUAGUCAGUAUGAAAUUGCCAUUCAAGCAAUUGCUGAAAUUUGUCAAUAUUAUAAUAACAGUCAAUUGUUUUAUGCAUACGGUUUUGGUGCCCGUUUACCUGGUGAUAAUCGUGUCAAUUUUCAUUUUCCUUUGAAUCUGACUACGAAUAGUCCAGAAUGUAUUGGUAUGGCUGGCCUAUUAGAUGCAUAUCGUGAUGCUUUAAAUAGAAUUGAAUUAGCUGGUCCAACAGAAUUUGGACCAACAUUACGGCAUGCAGCACGACAUGCAGCUUCAUUACCACCGGAUGGUAGUAGAUAUUCUGUUCUUUUAAUAAUCACUGAUGGUGUUAUCAAUGAUAUGAAUAGAGCAAAAGAAGAAAUCGUAAAGGCAUCAUCAUUGCCAUUAUCUAUAAUAAUUGUUGGCGUUGGUUAUGAUAGUUUUGGUGAAAUGAAAGUUCUAGAUUCUGAUCGGCAAAUGUUACAAGUAAAUGGUAAAUAUGCAAAACGUGAUAUUGUUCAGUUUGUACAACUCCGAGAAUUCCUACCACCUCAUCGUAUCUUAACAGAUGAUGAUUUGAUUGAAGCCAAAUAUCGUUUAGCUAAAGAAGUUUUACAAGAAGUACCUGCACAAUUAACAAGUUAUAUGAAAUCAAAAGGAAUAUUCCCACGACAAAUUUGUUACGUUUCAUGUGAUGAUGAUCGAAAAUUGUCCACAACAGAACGAGGUUAUUCAAAUGUUCAAACAACAUCACGAACACGAAGGCGUAUGUUACCAGCAGUGCCAUGUGAAGAAGUACAAAAUAUGCAUAUUAAUCCAACCGGGUCUGCUUAA